CAUGACAGAUCCCACUUCUGACACCAAGAAUGUGGUGGAAAUUCCUUAUCCAACAGGUAGAGAAACUACUCAAGGACUGAGAAAGUUGCAACUUUGUCUUUCAAGUGUUUUAUUUGAAGGCAGUCAGUUUAAAGACUGAAUCCAACAGAGCCAGGGAAAGCAGAGCGACAUCUCCCAGAUACGUCCUUUUUUUAAUCCACGUCUGUUAUCAGAGAGCACAUUCCAUACAAGAACACUGUUCUGGACAGAGAAGCAGAAGUGGCAACAUCAGCCGGUUUGGUCCGGUUCUAAUCAGUUCUUGUGGUACGUAACUCUUCACGCCACCAGGAAAACGUCCUUGGCCGAAUCCUGGAAGAUUCUGCAACAACUUGAACACGUUGUAAAAAAGUGACAAAACGAGAACAGACAGUGACUUACUCAAAAAUGUCCACUUCUCAGACAAACAAAGUGAAGGUAUAUAAAGUCUGUGUUUCCAUCUCUGAGACAUCCUGUGACCAGAAACUGCUGCUGGAACAGACUCUUCAACUAAUCAUCAAAACAAGAUGGCUGCUGGUCUCGUCUUCACUCUGCUUCUUGGUCUGAGCUUUGGACUCUGGGAUGGAGCUGAUGCGGUUCAACUGAGAGUUGCCAACUGUGAUAAGUGCACCCCUGGUUGGACUUGGUACGGCGGUCAAUGUUUCCUGUUUAUGAAAGUUAAAAAGUCCUGGUCUGAAGCAGAGAAAUUUUGCCUCUCAUUGGAUGGACAUCUGGCCUCAAUACGCAGUACAAAUGAGUACAACUUCAUCAGACAGCUUGUCUAUGAAGCAACUGGAAAACACACACAAACUUGGGUUGGAGGUCAUGAUUCACCAGAGGAAGGCUUCUGGUUUUGGAGUGACGGUUCCAAGUUUUUGUUUCAUCACUGGGGCCCUGGUGAGCCAAACAACGGCAGGGGAAACGAAGACUGCAUGGACAUCAACUAUAAUGGACAAGAUCAUGUGAAUGAUAAUCUCUGUAGCCUGAAGUUCUACUUCAUCUGUGCCAGACCUCUGUAACCUUCUCAUGACUUUUAAACGCCCAUAUGGGUUUCCUGCUGGUGAUGUCACUUCCCCCUGGAUGUUAAGCCUCGAUGACAUCACUGCUGGAAGAACCUGAUUUCACUUCAUUUGAUCACUUUAAUAAACAUUUAUUUCACUGAAAACUGAUUGAUUUUAUUCUUUUAUUUAAAAUAUGUCAACAUUGCCUUUAAGCAGCAGCUUCUAAACUAAUUGGUAAUGGUUCUAAAUCUCAGCUAUAACUUCAUGCUGAAAAUCAUCAGGAUAUCAGUGCAUCAGUAAAGUAAUAAAAAUCUAUGAAGUAUGAACAGUUUUCACAAACU